UCUGUGUACUAUCGACGCACGACGUAAAUUUUUGUACACAGAAUUUGAUAAUUUAAAGAUUGAAAAUAAUGUUCUUCUCGGAGUGGUUAACUACUAACUUUAAAAAACUUUAAUCAUUAUCAUAAGAUAUGGGUAACGACGCCUCACAGUUGAAAGGGCUUGAAAUUAAUGAAAAGCCAACUGAAUGUACGGACUUUUGGUCUCAUUAUCAGGCAAAUAUCCGAGAUAGCUGUAGAUACUUUGGGUUAAAAAGUGAUGGAUCAGUGUCUGUAUUCAAAGGAGAAUCUAUUUUAGGCCCACUAUGGACCGUCUCCACGCCAUUAGAGAAAUUUUGUAAUAAUAUCUUAAAAUAUCGACAUCCGUUCAUAGUGAGAUAUAUAUCAGCAUGGCAGCAGAGGUCUACAUUUCAUUUGGCUACUGAAUACAUACAACCUUUGGGACAUGUAAUAUCUUUGCAGACACCAUUGCAAAAAUGUAUAGGACUUAACAAUAUUUUACAGGCAUUAGUAUUUCUACAUGAACAAGGUAAAGUAUCGCACAACAACAUAAGUACAUCUGCAAUAUAUGUAUCAGGAGAUGGACAGUGGAAGCUAGGAGGGUUGCAGUAUUUAUGUAAUUUCUCUGAACAGACCUUAGCUUAUUUAAAGCAAUCUAGAAUACAUAGAUAUGAUAAAGCAGUGGACCCUAAUGAGGACACAAAUGAGCCAACAACAAAAGUGGAUCAGUAUGCAUUUGCAGUGCUUGUGGAAGAUAUUUUCAAAGGUUGCAAGGAUGAUGAGGUGCCAUACUUGAAAGAAUUCAAGAAAUUUUGUAGAGAAAGGCUUCAAAACCCAGACUGCAAACAAAGACCUAGCCUUUCAGAAGUGAUGCAACAUGAGUUUUUUAAUCAUGAAUUCAUUUCUGUUUAUAAAUUUUUGAACUAUUUACCACUUAAAUCUAAUGAAGAAAAGAUGGAUUUUUUUUCAAACAUUUUACAAUGUCUAAAAUGUUACGAUGAGGAAACCGUUGCAAAGCAAUUUGGUGGUUUACUGUUAUCUAGGCUAACCCUCUUAGAUCAAACUGCCAGAAAAGAUGUUAUUCCAUAUAUACUUAAGCCUAGAAACGAUAGAACUCAAAAUGGUGAACAUAGUGGAUUUUUCAGCUUAAGUGUCUUUAAAGAGCAUUUAAAACCAAGAAUAAUACAAUUAUUUUCAGUGAGGGAUGGACAAAUUAGGAUGUUACUAUUAGCACAUUUUUCCAAAUAUGUUCAUGUAUUUUCUCAUGAAGAGCUAUCACAACAUAUCCUACCAGAGCUCUUACUUGGAAUAAAAGAUACAGAUGAUGCCUUGGUUUCUGCUACCCUUGUUUGUUUAAGUGAACUCGUUCCAAUAUUGGGAGCUGAUACAGUUGUAGGUGGAAAACGCUCAAAACUUUUUACUGAUGGCAGACCAAAUUCAAACGCAAAUACAUUAUCUAUAGUCAAAAAUGGAAAAUCAAGUUUAAUUGAGACCCAUGUUCAAGCAAAAACUUUGCAAGAUUAUCCAUGUUCGGAAAGUAUUUAUCCUCAAGAUAUUGCUACAUCUGUAUUUGAGCAAGCAUUGUCAUUGAAUGAAAGGCCUUCACCCGUUGGAAGUGAAUCAAUGGACAUAGAAAUAAUUCCGGUGAAACCAUCAUACCAAGUAGCAGUUGAAUCUGAAGAUGAUUGGGAUGACUGGGAUAACAGCAAUCACAAAUUAAGAAUUGAAGAUUCUGGAAGUUCUCAUAUAGAUGAAACAUUAUUUGAACCUAAAACUUUGCCACAAGAAUUUACAGAAACAGAAUUUCAACAUACUGAAGGUUCUAAAGAACAUUCCAUUUUGUUACAAAAAGCAGCAUUAGAAGCAAAAAAGAAUAUCAUUGAUAUAUCAGAGUUAGAUAUAAAAAAUAAGAUUGAUCAGAGUAAGAAAGGCUCAGAUGAAUUUGACUUCUUUGCUGAUAUGACACCAGUCAUAGAAAAGCAAAAAGUAGCCCCAGUAAGGGAUGAAAGUGAAGUGGGUGAUUACAGCAGUAAAUUAAAUUUUGUACCUAAUAAUGAGCUGGAUGAAAAUGAGGGUUGGGGGGACACAUGGAAUGAUUGAUUGUAAGAAAAAAUAUAGUUUAUACUUAUCAUUGUA